UACUACCAAGGAUAACAUCCCCAGGAGCGAUUGCAAACAUGCCAAGCCCGGUAAUGGCGGCCCCGGCCACAACCACACCGGCACCACCACCGCCAUCGAUCGAACCUCCUGCGCGAGCGAGUGAGUCUGUUGCUAUCUUGGUACUAACUAAAACUUUAGUCAACUUGAUUCAAGAAAGCAAAAAGGAACAACGAGAACACAAUGCACGGCUAGAGCCUAGAAGCGAUGAUGAGGAACAUGCGGCCCAUUGUCGUACGCGCUCCUCAGAUUCAGCAAGGAUUGGCCCCUGCGACUAAUCUUGGGGGAGUCGCGGCCAAUUUCAAUACCUGUUACGUGUGUCAUCAACCGGGUCAUUUGGCCCGCGAUUGCCCCCAUCGACCUCCGCAGCAGAGGGUCGGAGUCACACCUGCUGCGGCAACACCCAUCGCUAACGGACCUGGAUGGGUGGGUUCGCUAAUGGAAGAGAUGGAAGGAGGAGGAAGUGCGUUAGCAUCAACGGAGGAAGCAGCGGAACUUAUCCCGCUAGAUCAAUAUGUGUCGUUAGGAUAUCCUGGACUGGGCAUGAUUGGGACGAUCCGCCUCGCAUUAGAACAAAGAGAAGGGGCAGAGUGGAGACCGUCUCAAGGAGAAAUGGAGGCGGGAGGACCCACCUUCGUCACGGGCGAGAUCGAUGUCUUAAAUGUCGUACGAGCUUUGGACCAUCGGAUUCCCCUUCCGAUUGGUCAUUUGCUUUCGAUUUCAGAACAGGCGAACGAACGGAUGUUGCAACACUGCAAGGCGAAUCGGAAGCGAUUCGCUCUUGCGCGAACAACCAAUACGAAAGAUAAGAGCCCCGCACCUAACGAACACGCAUCGGGAUCCUCAGAACCAGUCCGGUUAGGACUGAUACAGAGAGAUGACCACUUUUUACGGAUCAAGCCGAUCCCAUGGAAAUCCGCGGAAUGUGACAUUGAAAUUUGGGGAGUCCCAUAUAACGCGAUCAUUGAUUCAUGUGCUGCUCUCCUAGCUAUCUCUCUGCGAGUAGUUGAACGAGCUGGCCAGAAAGGCGAUCUGGUAAUGUUGACAGAAAAGGACCAGCUCGUCUCCGCGGAUGAGGAAAAGAUCAAGACAGUCGGACGAAUGACUAAUGUUGCAUUCCGAUUGGGAAAAGUGCAUGCCUUGGGAGACGUCGUGGUAUUGGAUGUUAACACGUAUGACGUGCUUUUCGGUCUUCCCGCCCUUGUCGCCCUUCGAGCCAACUUGGAUUUCGAAAGGCGAUCGAUCGUCCUCCGAAACACUGGGGGAAAGUCGUACGUUGUACCAAUGAGACUGACCCUGCGCACCACUGUCAACUCGAUCCGACGACUUUCGCCCCAGAUAGCCGGCACCUUGCGCAUGGUUUCUUGGGACGGGCAGCCGUCAGAGGAAGUGGACGACAACGAUGAUGACGAGGCGGAUGUACUGAACAAGUUUGAUAUUCGCCAUGGGUUCCAUCACAUCCUAGUUAAGGAGGAGGAUCGGCCGAAAACGACGUUCGUUCUAUUCGAGGGCAAGUGGCAAUGGGUGCGAUGUCCGAUGGGGAUUUGCAAUGCUCCUGCUACGUUUCAGCGAGCGAUGAAUGUCACGUUUCAGAACUUCGUUAACAAGACACGGCUGACGCAGGGGAUGAUCAACUUCUGUGUGAUCGUGUACAUGGACGACAUUUUGGUGUACUCCGAGAGCUAUCAUGGGCAUGCGCAACACAUUGAAUGGACGCUGAGCGCUUUGCGAGACGCUGGGUUCAAGGUCACGCUCGAAAAGAGUGAAUUUUUCCUCUCGGAAAUUUCGUUCUUGGGAUAUGUGGUGACACGUGGAGGGCUACGACCGGAUUCUCGAAAGGUCGCGGCAGUCAAGGAAGCUCCUGUACCCACGUCGCUGACGCAGGUUCGAGCCUUCCUAGGGUUGGCCUCGUAUUAUCAACGAUUUAUCAAGGGAUUUGCUGCGAUCGCUAGGCCUCUGACAAAUUUGUUGCGAAAGGACCAACCCCUUAACUGGGACGGGGACUGCGAACGGGCCUUCACCACGCUCAAGGACGCGGUGGCGACUGCGCCCAUUUUGAUCCGGCCGAACCCUACGAAGCAGUUCAUUCUUGUUACGGAUUGGCAGCCGGAGGCGAUUUCCGCUAUUCUAGCGCAGAAGGGGAACGACGGCCGCGAACACGUCAUCGAAUACGCGUCGCGUACCGUGCCGGAGGAGAGAAAGAACGAUUCGGCCCCGCAAGGCGAGUGUUACGCAGUUGUCUGGGGCAUCCAACACUUCCACCCGUACCUAUACGGACAAAAGUUUCUGUUGGUGACGGAUCACGAGCCGUUAUUGGCUCUGAAGCGGCUUACCAACUACACGGGUAUGAUCGGGCGCUGGGCCGUACGUCUACAAGAGUACGACUUCGACAUCGUUCAUCGAAAGACAGAAAAGCACGGGAACGCGGACGGACUGACACGUUUGCGUCGCCCGGCGAAGGUGCCCAGGAAUGAAGAAAUUACCCCGUGGAAGGACCCUGACACGGUGAACGAGCCUAAAUACGGACAAGUGGUGGUGCUUCCACGUGGCAUGGCAAUGGGUGACGGAGGCAACUCCCUCCAGGACUUCACUAAGGAGGACCGGAGGAGGGCCAACGAGAGGGCUAGGGACUACCGCUGGAAUAACGGACGGUUGGAGAAGCGUAAAACAGACGGCAGUGGGAUUUGGAUGGUAGUUCCGCAUCCGUUCAUGCGGUAUGACUGGGUUAAGACUGCGCACGAAGACAUGGCGGCUCAUUUUGCUGUACGGAUUACAGAAGCCGCCGUCGAUCGGAAUCAAUGGUACUGGUCUAAUAUCCGGGAUGAUGUCAAAUUCAUCGUACAGAACUGCCAGGUCUGCGCGGCUCACAAGGCGCCGAUUCAGCCGCCACGAUCGAUAGUCCCGACGGUGGUCGAAAGGCCGUUUCAAAGGGUCAGCAUGGACACUACUGAUAUAGUGGUGCCCCCUGGACCGAAUAGCUGCGAGUAUUCAAUCCUGCUCGUGUUCGUCGAUCACUUCUCAAAGUGGAUCGAAGCGUAUCCCUGUCGCACGCGACAGGCCACGGAAAUCGCGCGUUACGUCAACCGAUUUUUAGGGAUGCACCAGGACACCGAGGAAAUUUUGACGGAUAAUGGGGCAGAAUUCAGAGGGGAAGUCGAAAGGAACCUGGUCGUACAUGGCGUCGCUAUUCGACACACGGCCCCGCACAUGUCUCAGUCCAACGGCCUGGUGGAAAACGCUAAUCGAGUGAUAAAAACGGCGUUGCGACAGAAUAUCGCGGCACGUGACUCCAGGCCCUGGCCUGAUAUUGUCGACCACAUCUUGGCGGUCCAUCGCGGAACGCCCCACGAAUCGACGGGCCUAAGCCCCUUUCAGUUGCGGACCAAUAGCGCCGGAUGUAUUACGAUCCCGAGCCUCCCAGACGAUUCGUCGCUUGGUCGACGGUCCACAAGGGCCGCGGCCCGCGAUAAGGCGAAGCGACAUUUGGAACUGAUGGAACGGUCCCUCCAGAGGUUAGCCCGAAAACGACAUAGAAUGACCGAAAUGGCCCACGGGCGACAGGUCCGUAGCUACGAGGCCCGAAAUGGGAAUGCUGGUCCACGAACGCGGUAUAAAUUGGGGGACGUGGUGCAGCUGCGAUGUGGGAUCAUUAUCUCCUCCUUUUCUAUGAGUAUUACCACGAUGGAUUCGCCUCCGUUUGAACGGCUGCCUGACGGGUUGGUGUUGAAGAUCCUAAGCGAGGUUGGAGGGCGCGACGCCCUGGAAUUGCUGAGAAUGAGUGUGCUUUCGAAAAGAUUUGCGUCACUCGUCCUCGAUGUGUCGGCAUUGGAGUUUCCGUACAGAAUGUGGUUCAACGAUGCGGUCGACGAUGUGAAGGCUCAAUGGGUUGGCAAUGUGGUACAGCGCUCAAAGAUCUUGGAGUCACUCUCUGUCACAAACUUCCCAAUUGAGAAAUUCUCUGGCAAUACGAGGCAACAUCUAUGGAUAAGUCUACUUCAUCCAACUUUGAAAAUCCUCUGUCUUGAAGGAUUUGGGGGCGACGAGGGUGAGUUCAGGGAGAUUUUCUAUAGGUGCAGGCAAUUGCUGAGUUUGCAGGUGGACCACUACUAUGAUGGAUCCCAGGAUCAUUGUCGCAUGUCAUUUGCCCUGCGGGUCUCUUCUGUUUCUCUGAGACGGCUAACCUUGUCAUGCUUCAAGCUGUGCCUAUGCGAUCAUGCAGAAACAUACCUUGAAAUGUGCAGUCGCCUCUCCUCCCUUACUCACCUUUCUCUCAUAUCUGUUGAAGGUCAUUGCCCCAACUGCAGGUUGACCACAUAUGGCGCCACCCUAUGGUGCUUCUUGCUUUCUUUCAAAACUCUGCACAGUCUGCGCUUAGAGACCGGCAAUGGACUCAGCGUCUUUGCACACGGAUGGGAGGUUGAGAAGCUCCACCCAUGGUGGUUGCCACCUGUUGUGAAUGAUCCGCAAGGAGGACAAAAGGGCCAAAGAGAGGACGUUGUGGGAGGAACUUCAAGUGAGAAAGGGAGCAACUCCCAUACACGCCAAGGAACUCCGUUGUCACUAGAAACACUUAUUUUGGAUGAGUCGUGCCCUCUUCGGGCUGAGGGCAUGCAGAUGGCGGCCUUUUCGGACUUGUUCCUGAAUCUGACAACACUUUCUGCUUGUCUUCCAAUGCCUGCAUCUUUCCACAUUCUUGCCAAAGUACUGCACCGACUUCUGCAUGCAUGUCCUCGAUUGGUGACUCUACGUCUCCAGGUGCGGAGACCAUCUCAAAUACCAAAGUCUUUCGUUGAUUGGGUUGGUGUGAGAAGGUUUUUGGGAGGGGGAAAUGGUGCUGCCAAGGAGGUUGAGGAAGAGGUCGAGGAGGAGGAGGAGGGGGAGGGGGCAAAGGAGGUGUUGACAGAGGAAUUGGGGGAGCAAGAGAAGGAACUGGAAGAGAUGUGGGAGAAGGGAAGAGCAGCAGAAUAUGCAAAAAGAGAAGAGUUGCAAGGAGAUUUGAAGGGGAAGGAAGUCCUGCAGGCAAUGUCUUUGGACAAGCGUGAUCGAGGAAGAAUUCGACCAUUGCCUAUGGGGAAGGAAUUGCACCCCCUUCGUUGUCUGAUGGUAAAAGUAGAUAAGGACAUUGAAUUUGAGCAAGAAGAGCUCGAUGCCCUUAUCAAAGUUGUUCCUUCCCUGCACACUCUGAAAAUCGACAGCGGGAAGAGGCACUUCACGUCCAUUUCCUGCCCCUUACUGCAGUGCCUUGCGGUUAACGAUUGGCAAGAAGAUGUUUUUUUCCCUCUCACGAUUAUUUGUCCCAAUUUGACUAACCUUAUGCUAAACACCUCUGCGCAGGGCGCAUACAUGAUUCCACUCUUGCAGGUCCACUGCCCGAAGUUGAAGGUACUUCACCUCUUGCCUGGUUGGUGUGUGCCGUCUGGAGACGUUUCUCGGUGUCAUUACCAUGCAAAGUGCUCUUGGACAUACCAUAAUUUGUUUGCUUCAGUACCAUUGGACAAUCUUGUGUCGCUUCGCCUACGGGAUUGUGUAGUCUUUGAGGGGGCCCUCUGCCAAAUUCUGGCACACCACUUGCACAGUCUUGAAGUGUUAUAUUUGGAUAUCGACGAGAUUUAUCCUACCGACUCACCGCUCUCUAUGGAAGAGGUACAUCUUAUCCGAGAAGGAAAUGAAUGCAGCGAUCAAGAUGGACCCUCAACCAACAGGUACAAAAUCAGGGAAUGUGUUUCUGACCACUGUUUCUACAACACCGAUCACAUUGCAACCGGGCAUAAGCCUCCUGCUCCUGCUGCUCCUCCUCGCUCUUCGACUGUGUCAUCUUUCUCCUCUGAGUCAACCUCCCUCGCCUCAGAGUCUGAGGCCAUCAUCACCGAUCCCACUUCCAGUAGGAGUAUUACAGCUCCCCAUGCUGCUUCCUCAGCUCCUGCCGCCAUCACCAAACUUUUGCAGGACCGGUCUGCACGUUUUGCGAAGCCUUUGGGGCUUCAAAAACUAAAGUCACUCACGCUACGCUCGGGGCUCGUGCGUUUGCUUGCAAAACAUCUGGAGAGAGGAGUGCCCACAUCUACCUCAUGUCCCUCCAAGAUAGCAGAAUCUCACAUUGAGGGUGCAGUGAAUGAUGUCCUAUGGACAAACAUCUUUUACAGUUGCCCUAAUUUGGACAGGAUCGAUUUCAACCUGGAUCCGCACGAUAUGAACUGUAAAGGAUGUGAGACCGGAAACUGCAUACUGAGUGAGGAGGAGCUGAGAAAGGAGGAAGAGGAGUGGGCUAGGGAAUUAGCUGGAGUUGCCAGUGCCUUUUUGAAAUCCAGCACCAAUUUGAGGAGAGUUGAGCUGGAGAUUUUUGAGAGUGGUGGCGCUGUAGAUUACCACCGUAUGUUCAACGAGCUAAAGACCAUUUUCCCUUUUGUCCACAUCCAGGUAUCAGUCAGCAUGAGGACAGCCAAAGGUGAGGGUGGCAGCUUGGACUCUGACACACCCGAAUCGAGUGGAAGCGAGGAGUAAGAAGAAGUUAUACAGGAGGAGGGUAGCAGGUUCAUGUCUUCCUUUCUCACCAUAAUUCCACAUUCUCCUUUAGAAUUAGCCUUUAAACUUUCAGAGAUUGGAUUGCGAUCCACUCAGGGAUGGAGGGGAAUUCUCGGUAGGUGUGUCGUGGGGACUGGGUUGGUCAUCACAGGCUGUAUUUAGUCCGUUGACACUUAAUACAUUCUCGCUCUUGCCAGCUCUGCUGUUCAUCAAGAGGAUGAGUGGUCUAUGUGACAUGUGUAUGAAUGGAAUGAUGGUUAAAUGGAAUCGGAUGCAUGGGUGACUGUGCUCAUGGUGGUGCAUUAACUGUUUUUUUAGACGUUUUUUAUUUUCUGAUGUGAUCUUUGGAUGUCAUUGAGGUAGCAGCAGGUCUUUGAAUACUUGAAGUAGAAUUGUUCAUCGACCUUAAGUUAGAUAUGAAGGUAUCUAUGAUGAUGUUACGUGCAAGCAGAGUAGCACCACUUCUUUGCCUAAUUGCAGUAAAAUGCAUCAUCGAAC